AUGUGUUUGUUUCAUAUGUAUAAAGAACUGUAUUUCAUCAAAGAUUCAUCACGGGACGCUCGCUUGCCACACCAUGUUGCUUUCACACAAGAAGAAUACUAG